GUUGUGUUUUUCCCCUUUUAGAUCCCUGCAGUUCUCUCAGCCCACCGUGCUUUACUGAGGAGGACCGGUUCAGCCUGGAAGCUCUUCGCAUGAUCCAUAAGCAAAUGGAUGAUGACAAAGAUGGUGGAAUUGAAGUAGAUGAAAGUGAUGAGUUUCUAAGGGAAGAUAUGCAGUAUAAGGAUGCUUCUAAUAAACAUAGCCACCUGCAUAGAGAAGACAAGCAUAUCACUAUUGAGGAUCUAUGGAGACGAUGGAAAACAUCUGAAGUUCAUAACUGGACUCAAGAGGACACUCUUCAAUGGCUGUCAGAAUUUGUUGAACUGCCCCAGUAUGAAAAGAAUUUUAGGGAGAGCAAUGUCAAUGGAACAACACUUCCCAGGAUAGCAGUAAAUGAACAUGCUUUCAUGAUCUCUCACCUGAAAAUAAUUGACCGGAGCCAUAGACAGAAACUUCAGCUUAAAGCCUUGGAUGUUGUUUUAUUUGGACCUCUUACGCGUCCCCCUCACAACUGGAUGAAGGAUUUUGUAUUAACAGUUUCUAUAGUUAUUGGUUUUGGAGGCUGCUGGUUUGCGUAUACACAGAACAGAACCUCAAAAGAACACAUCACAAAAAUGAUGAAGGACUUGGAAAGUUUGCAGACAGCAGAACAAAGUCUUCUUGACUUGCAGGAAAGGCUUGAGAAAGCACAGGAAGAGAAUAGAAACGUAGCUGUGGAAAAACAAAAUCUGGAGCGCAAAAUGAUGGAUGAGAUCAAUGAUGCCAAACGCGAAGCUCAUCGCCUACGGGAGUUGAGGGAGGGAGCUGAAUGUGAGCUCAGCAGGCUCAAAUAUGCAGAGGAGGAGCUGGUGCAGGUGCGCAUGGCUUUAAAAAAGGCUGAGAAGGAAUUUGAGUUGAGAAGUAAUUGGUCCGUUCCUGAAGCGUUGCAGAAGUGGCUUCAGUUAACGCAUGAAGUUGAAGUACAAUAUUACAAUAUCAAAAGACAGCAUGCUGAAAUGCAAUUAGCAAUCGCCAAAGAUGAGGCAGAAAAGAUAAAAAAGAAGAGAAGCACUGUGUUUGGAACAUUACAUGUUGCACACAGCUCUUCACUGGAUGAGGUGGACCAUAAAAUCCUUGAAGCCAAGAAAGCACUGUCUGAGUUGACAACCUGCUUGCGGGAGCGUCUUUAUCGGUGGCAACAGAUUGAGAAGAUUUGUGGUUUUCAAAUAGCACACAAUUCUGGGCUACCAAGUUUGACCUCUUCUCUCUACUCUGAUCACAGCUGGGUAGUUAUGCCCCGAGUUUCCAUUCCUCCUUAUCCAAUUGCAGGAGGAGUUGAUGACUUAGAUGAAGAUACUCCUCCAAUAGUUUCACAGUUUCAUGGGUCCAUUGUAAAACCUCCAAGCACACUGGCAAGAAGCAGUAGCUUGUGUCGAUCAAGACGCAAUGUUGUGCCAUCAUCUCCACAGUCUCAGCAUGCUUUGCACUCCCCUGACCCUGACAUCCUUUCUGUGUCGAGCUGUCCAGCUCUUUAUCGAACUGAAGAGGAGGAGGAAGCCAUUUACUUCUCUGCUGAUAAACAAUGGGAAGUACAGGAAACAGGUUCGGAAUGUGACUCGUUAAAUUUGUCCAUUGGAAGGAAGCAGUCUCCUCCGUCUAGUCUUGAGAUGUACCAGACACUUUCUCCUCAGAAAGUAUCCCGGGAAGAACUCUCACUCGAGGAAUCAUCUACAGGAGACUCUUCUUCUCUAACUGCAGACAUAUCUGGGGGCUCUCCUGACUGUGUAGGCAUGGCAGAGACUAAAAGCAUGAUUUUUAGCCCUGCAAGCAAAGUUUAUAACGGCAUUUUGGAGAAGUCUUGCAGCAUGAACCAGCUUUCAAGUGGGAUCCCAGUUGUAAAGCCUCGGCACACCUCAUGCUCUUCUGCCAGCAGUGAUAGUAAACCCAGCCAAGAAGCUUGUUCUGUUCCUAGGAUAAGUAGCAUCCCACAGGACCUGUACCAAAAUGGUGAAAACAAAAAGCCAUCAAAAAUAAAAAGCCUCUUUAAGAAGAAGUGUAAGUGAGGUGGGCAGAAGUCUGUAGUAACAUUGUAAAAACUUUUUUUAAAUCUUUAGGAAUGUAAUUCCAUUUGAGCAUUCUGUUAUCAAAUGGGAUGUUCUCUAGGUCAAUUCUAUUUAACUGACUCUCUUGUCAAAGAUCGUGCCAGCUGUCAAUGAGAAAUCAUUAAAAAUUUCAGACAGUUUACAUUCAUUUCUGCCUAUUUAUUUCUUUUUUUGCCCCUUUUGUUUAUUCAUAAACCCUUUUUAAACCACUUUGGACUUAAAAGCUUUAAUGAACUAGUAAGCCUUCCCGGGCUUGCCAAAGUUUAUUGUUUACCGGAGCAUCUUCCUAUCUUUCCAUAGAGCUAGGACGCUUAUCUACUGGACUUCAAGAAAAAUAAAAAGAAGUAGAAUUAAUUGAAUUGCACUACUGUUUUACAGACUGGACGAGUCUCUCUGCAAGUAAAACUGAGGGACUUAUAUUUGACUGAGAAGACAAAACUUUUCACUUUUAGAUUUUUGGGAUUUUUAAGUAGAACCUAGGAUUUCUAAUUGACUUGAUUUCUGGAAAUGGAAAUGCCGCGCUUUUACUAUGGGAAGCUUUGUUAAUGCAUUUAUUAUUAGAUUGGUUCAGGUCCUGCUGUAAAAAAAAAAAAAAAAAAAUAAAAAAGUUUUUCCCAGGACUGUCACUGUGAUUUUACUUCACUGCAGGCUGUAUGAUAAAUUUGUAUAGAUGUGUGUAAUUUAACAAGAGAGGAAGCUCUUGAUUCCUUAUGCAAGUGAUCAAUAUGAAACUUGACUGGGGACUGAAAAUAUUCACCCUCUUAAAACAAGGAGGGGAUUAGUAGCUUUUGUUUACAGACUGAUGGACAAUGGACAUCUGGUUUGUGAAAGUUUGUACUGUGGCAAAGACAAUAAAUUGGAAACAUUAUUGUGCUUUGGGAAUGUUCCAAUUUUAGCUGAUGCUUGUUUCAGACAUAUUUCAGAGUUCUGUUUAUUCAAAGCUCUUGUAGGCUACAUUGCUUAUGCUUACUGCUGUGUAUAAGUUAUUGUUAUAUUUUUUUGGAUUAGCUAUUAAUGUCUUAAUGUCUUCCUUUUGUAAGAUUUCAUACACUUUAUUUUUGUAUAGUUUGAAGAUCUAGCUGUUCAGACAUCUCUUAAGUAAAUGGUAUAAUUUUAUAAUGCAUACUGUUAUACUAACUCAAUUUUAGAUAUAAAGGUGAGACUCUGUGCUUCAGAAAGUUUUUGUUGAGCUUUUAUACGGAGAGAUGAAAAUACUAUGAGGUAGCAUGGAAGCCUGUUUAGGGCAACAGUAGCUAAUUGUUUGAAAACUUUUAUUUAAACAGUAGGCGACAACAAAUGUACUGCUUGAGUAACAGUGCCUUUUAUUCAGUUUGUCUGAAAAUGUUAAUACUGAGCAGGAAUUUAUUUUGAGGUACAUUCCAAAGAAAUAUUUCUUGCUCUAGUGAACACAAGCAAUUUAUCCAGCGAUCACUGAAUUGUUUCAGCUCUUCCAUAGGGGUAUGCUAGUUGCCUCAGUAACGGGUGCCACUGCCAGCAAGCAGCCUGUGAUUAGGGGCUCAUUCCUCGCCAAAUGUUCAUGCUGUACUGUAUGAAAGAAUUAAUUCACUGACUGCCUAAAUUUUUUUUUGCUAGGAAGGAGCUUUUAACAAAACCUGUAGCUAAUUGAAAUUGACUGAUAUGUGCUUCUUUUCUGUAAUUUUCUAUUUAGGUUCCAUUGUACAUAAAUGUUAGUUCUGUCCUUAGUAAGUAGCAGUGAUGUUAACAGAAGCGCUUACAGUGGGUAGUGGAAUGGUUAGAUGAGGAACAGGAGAUGGGAUGGAGGUAUUUGAGUACCUUAAAAGUUCUGUAACACUGAUUAAUUCUUUAAGAGAACAAAGAAUCCAGAGUUUUGCUGUUUGUCAAGGAAUGAUUGAACAUCAUCUAUACGAAAAAGCUUAGGGGAAAUAUUUGUAAAGUUUGGAGAAAAAGAAACCUGAUGGAAUAGAAAAUAAUGAAAUUAGUGUUCUCUGAAUCAUCAUUGAACAGUUAUAACUGCAAAAAUAGUCAUCACAAAGUAGCAGUGAUGUCCUUGAACUAAACUUGCUUGCUCUGUUCUUAUUAGACUGUACUAAUGCACCUAUGUAAAAAGACUUUUGCCAGAGUGAACCACCUCAAUGAUGAGUCUUCAGUCUGUUGUUAAAAGCCUUAUGAAGUACUUGAAAAAUGUAAAAAGGGAAAAUACAUAAAAUUAAGGAACUUAUUUUGCCUCCAAAACAACAUAAAGAAAAAUACUACCAGAAAACGUUCAAUUUUUGUCUACACUUGAGAAGGCUAUAGCAAUAAUUGAGUUUUAAUUAAGAUUUGAGGCUGGAUGGUAGAUAUUGCAAUGUGAAGUUUGAGGAAUUGUCUCUACCAUUACCAAAGAAGAUGAAGCAGCUUUUUGAUACUGGAGUGUGAAUAUUUACAGAUGGAAAAAACAGUCUGGUACUGGGGGGGGAGGACAGUGCUUCCUAAUCACACAGCAGUUGGGGUUGGAAUGAACCUCUGAGAUUAUUUAGUCCAACUUCUUGCUAAAGCAGUUUACCUAGAGAACUUUUGUGAAAGUCAUGCAAGCUCAAAUACUGAAAAGCCAAAUUAAAUUUGCUUUAGUAUGUGUAACUGAAAAGUAAAACAGCAAGUGGUAGAUUCUUAAUUGAUUGUGACUUUUUAAAAAGUAUUAUCUUUCUUAAAAUACACAAUUUUACCAGCUUCUGGAAGAAAAAUGUUAUAGUAAUCUAAAAACAAGAUUGUCAUAGUGAUAGGUUUUGGAGCACAGACUGCUUUCAACACUCAGUUUAUCACUAGCUGUCCUGUAACUCUAUAGUUGCUACUCAAUAAAUAUAAUAACUAAAAGCUUAAUUUAAUAUGAUCAGAAGCGGUAAGUAUCGCAUGUUGGAGCAUAAACUGUAGUUGAUUUAAAUUCACAGAGCUUUCUCCGUUAUUUAGUUGAGCCCUUACAGUCUAAUUUGUCCAUAAUCUAAAUGACUUGUGUUCCUGCUGUUAUGACUACUGUAGAAUUGUUUUUCUUGAAACCUUUCGUGUCUUUUUUUUUUUUGCUCUACUAAAAAAAAAAACCACAAAGUAAAAUUGUGAGGCAUCUGAUGAGGUACAGAAAGGAAGGAAGGAUGUUGAGAUCGUAGACACUAGAGCAGAUCAUCAUUGGUAAACAUCAAAUCCAGCUUCAGCACUUAAGUACCUGACGUGUCAACAUCUCAGAAGUGAGGAGAUUAUAUACUUUAAAAGGUCCUCCAAGUUUUACCUCCGUUUGCUUAAUGCAAUUUGAAUAAGCUGGCAGUGACUGAGUCCAAUCAGCAAUCCAACCUCUAGGGUUGCUGUAAGACAUUUGAGACAAUCUAGUAUCAUCAUUCUUCAGCAGCAGAAAACUUCCUGAGCUCUAAACUCUGCAUGAUUGUGAUCAGAGGUUUUUUGUUUGUUUGUUUAUUUUCUGUUGAAACUCUUGUAGCUAAAAUCAUAUUCUAUUUUAAGUUUACCUUCUUCUGUAGGUGAGGAUCUUUGCUUUCUUAAUCAUUUUAUUAAAGUGUGCUUUGUCUGGAUACGGGCCCCUUUGUAGAUGCUGUCUAGCCUCUUCAGGGAGAAUCAUGUGUCUGUCACCUGUCAAAGAAAGAAAUGUCUAUUUGUUUUCAUAUCAAGAAAUAUACUGAUAAGUAAACAAAAUGAAAAAACCUAAACACCAACUUUCCAAAGUUUCUUCCUGAAGAUUUGGAUUUUUCUCUCUCCUUAUAGCACAAAAAAUUUAGUAAAGUUAUUUCUGGUUGCCAUGCGGAAUGCUUUAUGACCAGAUUAUGAUGAAUUUAUUUGAGAUUAAAGCUGUUAAUUUUUUUCUUGGUGAAUGGUGGAAUUUAAAAUUGCGUAUGCACAGUUCCAGACACAUACAGUAUACUUUUAUUUCCCUACUUAGCUGACACCUACUUAGUAAAUUAUUGUGUACUUUCUGAUGGACAACUGAUUAAAGCAGAAAAUUUUCCAUCAAAUUCUCCUUAUCUGAAAGUCUAUCCAUCCUUAUCUGAAAGCCUAGGAAUCCAAGAAGACUUGACUUGUUUAUUUGUGAUGCAUAUGGAUGUGUGCUAGAGUUGGACAUUAGUUUCAUGACUAACUGCAUAAAAUUCAUUAGAAAUGGAAGCCUAAAGUAUUCUGCUCUUUUGCCUCUAAAUAUCUGAGAAUAUUGGAGCAACUCCAAUCAGCAUUUCUCAUACCACCAGCUUUUACAGUGACAGGAUAGUUUCAUUCCACUUCCAAGAUAGACUGCUAAAGGAUUGCUAUCUUAAUUUUAUGAUGUAUUCAAAAAAGGCUUUUAUUUUUCAUUUACUUAGAAACGGGAGAAGAAGCAAAUAAACCCAAGUGUUUAACUGAAAUUUUUGUUUGAAGCCAAAUAGUGGAAUUCUUGAACCUCUUUACCAUUCGCUUAUCUCCUUGUGCAAUAUGUUAAGGAUGAUGAACAUAGUUUUCUAAUAUGUUCUAGUUUGCACUGACUAAAGUGAUUUGUGAUUGGAACACAGCUUGCUCCCAGUUGCUCAAGGCAUUUUAAUCCUGGAUAUUGCAUCUUCAUUGAAUAAUAGUUGUUUGGGAAGGCUGUUUGAUUUCAUGUGUUUGUAAACUUGUCUGCUUUUGUCUUUUAAACACAGAUUUGGGUAUAGUCAAUAACAAAAGGAUUUUGCUUGUAGAGGGUCGUAGCUUGACAUCAUGUAAAUGUUUAGAUAACAGUGCUUUUGAGGUUGCAGUAGUUCAACAUUUUUAUGUUGUGUAUCAUGCACAUUUUUAGUAGAUAGCUUUCCCUUCCAACCCACUUGAUGUGGUACUGAUCUGAAACUCCACCAGUCCUCUCUUGCAUAAACAGAAGGCACUGAUUCAUGCUAAUUGUAACGACUUCAAACUAAUGAUUAUUCUCCAUUGCUCUUGCAUCUGAUUGUUAUCUAAGCAAGAUGGUAGUACUUAUCAAUCCACUGUCUUUUAAAAGUAAAAAUAUUUGAUCAAUUUUUGAUCUGUAACUGAGAGUUUCAUGCUUAACAAAUUUAGAAUACAUUCCACAUGUUUAAUGUGUCUCUGGAAUUCUCUUAAAUGGAAAUUGGUUGAUCUCAAGUGUUACAGGGAAAUCCUUAUCGCAUACAAUGAAAACGAAUGCAACGGUGUGUAUCAUCUACUCCUAUAUCUGAAGGCUAAAAGAUAUUCACAGCUUUUGGUGCUGGAGAUGAUAUGUUCAGAUCAGUAACUUUAUCCAAGAAAUUAACCUUUGUUUGCAAAGCAAACUCUUCAGGGCAUUGCCUUGAUCUUUCUAUUCCAUUUUCAAACCAGCUUUAAAUUUGGUGGCUACAGCACUAACUUAAGUGAUUGCCAGACCUCAGAGCAGUUCUGGAUAAUGAUUUCAGUAGUCUUAAAGGUGACUUUUUAAAAUGAUGUUGACAUCUGAAUUAACUCUCCUUUACAUUCCUUUUACUUCUGCUCAGUUUUUUGUGAUCCUUCUACUGUUAGUAAGAAGAAGUAUACAGGUAAUGGUAGUUGAUUGUUUGUGUUUAGAAUACAGCUCUUUUUUUUUACUCAGUCAUUGAGAAUUACUAAUUUUUUUAAAGACUAGAUCAUGGCUGGAUAUGGCUGUAUAAACAUUGCUGUACUUCAGUUGAGCAAAGUAUGUCAUUGAGUGGUGCAAUUUAUUUCAGUGGUAAAGUUAUCUGCCUUAAUUGUCCUUCAUUUUUUUUUUUAUUUGUAUCUUAACUUGAUGCUGCCCAAUUAUUUUCAGACUUGAAGUAAUUUAAAGUUAAGGUCAGUAUAUCUAGUCUUAUACAGGUCAGUCUUCAGUUGUCAGCCAUCAGCCCAUUCUUACUGGAGUUAAUUAAAAUUAGUGUUCUGCAGAAACAUCCAUCUUGAGUAUUUGUACUAGCUUAUUUGUUGGUAGAACAGAUUUCUGGAGGUCUAUGGGUGAUAGGCAGAGAACUGAAGGGAACCAGGUAACCUGUGUUCUUUUAUCAGCUUUGAAAUCCAUCUCCCAGUAGGAUUGAGUCUCCCCAGGGGAAUGUAGAUGUUACUGCUUGGAACUUUGUAGUUAGUUGUAUUUGGCUAUCUAAUUCUAAUAUCUGCAUGUGCGCCGUGCUUGCUUGCUUUUCAAUAUCUGACAAGAGCUGUGGGAGUUCUUAAAGGUUUGUUUAAAAAGAAUUAAAACAGCAACAACCAGAAAAAAAAGAGACUGGCAAGAUAAUUCUGCCAAGUUGUGGAUUGACUUGAACCAACAUCCCAGCUUUUGAUCUGAAAGGCUUGUUUUGUGAAAUGAAUUGCAUAGCAUGUGUGUUUUCACACUGCUCUCCUGCAAGCAACAAAAAAAUUAAAUCGCCCUGUAUGUUAGCAAGGCUGUUUGGGAAGUGUCUUGCCCUGUUCUUAUUUUCAGUUUAAAAAGAUUUAGUAGUAAGUGUUCAGCAUAUUAAUGCCUGACUGAAAAGAUUAGCAGAAUUUGAAUGACUUGCAUUGUUUUGUUUAAUUACAGCUUUAUAAAAAUGUAUAUAUUUGCAUAAAGCCUGUCUUUGGUUCUAGGUUGUUUUCCAAUGACAUAAUAAGAAGAGGACCAAGACAAAUAAAUGUGUACACAGUUUAAAUCUUAUUCAAAAGGCUUUACUGUUCUGGGAAGAUAUGUUGUCCUCCAUGCAGAUUCUGCUCUUCCUCUAUUUACUUCUGUUUGUUUUUGUUAAUUGAACUGAAGUAAGAAUCAAAGCCCUGGGACUGACUAGUUUCUGUCUCUCUAAUAUAUACACGCUAUACUUACUUUGGACUUCAUCUACUGCAUGUUGUUAAGGCUGUACACAAAUGCAGUUGGAGUAUUUCUUUGGUGUUGUACAGCAUGAUGCAUUUCAUUCCCCUUUCUAGUUUACCUCCCAAUAGCUAUAUAUUGCUUUAUAACUGGAAAAAAAAAAAAACAAAAAA